AUGGGCAAUGAAUCUUCCAAGAUCCCGGCAGAUCUCUCGAUCAAUGGCGAGCGCGUGUCCGAUACGACCCCCGAACGCCAGCUCUUUCUCGUCCGCUCCGCCCUCCAGGGAAAAUGUUCCAUCGGCAACUUCCACAUCGUGCGCACCCUGGGAACCGGCUCCUUCGGCCGUGUCCUCCUGGCCUACCAUACCGUGGUCAAGAAAUACUUCGCCGUCAAGGUCCUGGCCAAAGACCGCGUCAUCAAGAUGAAGCAGGUCGAACACACCAAGUACGAGCGGCGCAUCCUGUCCGAGGUCAACUGCCCGUUCAUCGUCAAUCUCCUGGCCACCUCGCAGGACGCCAAGAACCUUUACCUCACCAUGGAGUAUGUGCCCGGUGGCGAGAUGUUCUACCACCUCCGCCAGGCUGGCCGGUGCAUUACCGACUUCGGCUUCGCCAAGAAGCUCGACGGGCGCACCUGGACCGUGUGCGGCACCCCGGAGUACCUGGCCCCGGAGAUCAUUCUCAGCAAGGGCUACGGCAAGGCCGUCGAUUGGUGGGCCCUUGGCGUGCUGAUUUACGAGAUGCUGGUCGGCUAUCCGCCCUUCUAUGAUGACGAUCCGUUCGAGAUCUACGAGAAGAUUGUGGCCGCGCGCGUGCGCUUCCCCUCGGUCGUGUCGCAAAAUGCCCGGGACCUGAUUCACCGGCUCCUGCAGCCGGACUUGUCCAAACGCUUCGGCAACCUGAAGAACGGAGCCAUGGACAUCAAGAACCACCGCUGGUUCAUGGGCGUCGACUGGCAAGCUGUCGAGAAGCUCGAGGUUCCGCCUCCCUUCAAGCCCGUCCUCCGGGGCGAGGGCGAUACUUCGAACUUCCAACAGUACGACGAGGACGAGCAUCUCCUGCCCAGCGCCGAUCAUCACGAUGAGUUCGCCGACAGUUUCCUGGACUGGUGA